AUGAUAUUUAUAAGUUAUUUUAAUUUAAAAAAUAUAAUAAGAAUCAUCGAGAAAGACAACUAUAUCAUAUGUAUACAUGUGAUACUAGGUCGGGACCAUCAAUCACCAACAAAUCUUCCACGAUCAAUUGCUCCUCCUUCGCCGCUUGACACAUCCCACAUACUCAAAAACAUCAAAUCUUUCACACCCUUCAUCCCAUUUCAAUUCAAAACUCCAAUCACUACCACCACCACCAUGCCCUCCCCCACCACAAAAACCCAAGCCCACAACCUCCUCCUCCGCCGCUACGAAAUCGGCCACGUUCUCGGCCACGGCAGCUUCGGCAAAGUCUACGUCGCCCGUAACGUUCAAACCAAUGAACUCGUCGCCGUAAAAGUCAUCGACAAAGACAAGAUCCUCAAAGGCGGCCUCAUCUCCCACAUAAAACGAGAAAUCUCCAUCCUCCGACGUGUCCGCCACCCCAACAUAGUCCAACUCUACGAAGUCAUGGCCACAAAGACCAAAAUAUUCUUCGUCAUGGAAUAUGUUAAAGGCGGCGAACUCUUCACCAAAGUCGCUAAAGGUAGGUUAAAAGAAGAAGUCGCACGUAAGUACUUUCAACAGCUUAUUUCUGCAGUAGGGUUUUGCCAUGCACGUGGGGUUUUUCAUAGGGAUUUAAAACCCGAAAACAUAUUGUUAGAUGAAGAUGGUGAUCUAAAGGUGUCUGAUUUUGGUUUAAGUGCGAUUUCUGAACAGAUUUGUGGUGAUGGUUUGUUUCAUACUUUUUGUGGGACUCCGGCUUAUGUUGCUCCUGAGGUGUUAAUGAGAAAAGGGUAUGAAGCGGCUAAGGUUGAUAUUUGGGCUUGUGGGGUGAUUUUGUUUGUGUUAAUGGCAGGUUAUUUGCCGUUUAGGGAUCAGAAUGUUAUGGUUAUGUACCAGAAGAUUUACCGAGGGGAGUUUAGGAGGCCGAGGUGGUUUUCGCCGGAGUUGACAAGGUUGUUGAAACGGAUGUUGGAUACGAAUCCAGAGACACGGAUUAGUAUACCGCAGAUUAUGGAGGAUAAGUGGUUUAAGAAAGGGUUUAAGCAUGUUAGGUUUUAUGUUGAGGAUGAUAAGGUUUGUAGUGUGAAGGAUGAGGAGGGUGAGGAGGAGUUUGUUGAGUAUAGUUCGGAUCAGUCUUUGUGUGAAUCCGAUGGUGAGAUCGAGGGGAAGAGGCGGUCGGUUAGCUUGGUGAGACCAGUGAGUUUGAAUGCGUUUGAUUUGAUAUCAUUUUCGUCUGGUUUUAGCCUCUCGGGAUUGUUUGAAGAUGGAAGUGAAGAGUCGAGAUUUGUGUUGGGGGCUAAGGUUUCUAGCAUUGUGUUGAAGCUGGAAGAGAUAGCUAAAACGGUUGGUUUUUCGAUUAGGAAAAAAGAUUGCAAGAUUAGUUUAGAGGGGACGAGAGAAGGGGUUAAUGGCCCGUUGGUAAUCACAGUUGAGAUAUUUGAAUUGACACAUAAUUUGAGACUUGUAGAAAUUAAAAAGAAAUCAGGUGACAGAAAAGAAUAUGAAGAGUUUUGUGAGCAAGAGCUCAGACCGCGCUUGCAGCCUCUGAUGCUGUCGGGUUCUGGUGAAUCAUCAAGUAUGCCAUCUGAUAGAGAUGAAUCAAGAAACCGGAGUUAAAAGGUUAUGAUCUAAUUACAAUUUCUUACUCUUUUUGAUCUUGUUAAUUGGUUUCUUGAGGCUAAAUUGCUAAUUUUUAGUAGUAAAAGUUAUUAAUUUUGAAUCCUUUUGUUGUUGUUCUGCAUAAGGCUAAUUGAC